GCACGAUGAUCACGUGUGCCAACUGCAGGGUGCGCGACCAGACGCUGCGGAGGAUCUGCGGCGGGUCGCGGAUUGCGGGGCUCGACGAGCUCAGCAAUGGGGGGCAGGAUGAAUUCCACAAGGAACGCGGCUGCACCGCUGCCGCCUGCCGCGACGCAAUGAUGCAUAUGCCCAUGCAGGUGCGCAUGAAACGUAUCACGGAAACCCGCAGCGGGCAAUGCUUGCCACUGCCCGUGCACGAGAAACUUGGCUACAGCACGGAUGGCAUCGAGCAGGAAACGGCAGCGGCAGACAUCGAGGAUCACCCCGUUCUCGGGAAGACGCACCGAGUUGCGAUCCACUCGAUCUCUGAGGCCAGGAUCAAGGAGGUCAUUAUGCAGGAGGUGGCGAAGACAGUGGGCCACAAUCGCAAGCGCCAGGCGGCAGCCUUCCUCGAAGGAGCCCCAAAAGCUGAGGAGGGCGAGGGGGCUGCAUGCGGCAAGCUGUCCGAGCAGAAACCAGAGAAGAAGUCAAGUUCGAAGAAGCGCAAAAGCAGCAGCAGCAGCAGCAGCAGCAGCAGCUCCAGCGAUUCGAGCUCCGACAAGAAGAAACAUAAGAAGGGCAACGAGUCAAAGAAGGGCAAGCGGUCCAAGAAGAGCAAAAAGUCCCAGAAGGGCAAGAAGUCGAAGAAGGAGGCCGCGGAUAAGUUAUCGGGAUCGGACGCGGGCCUCUCGCCAAAGGAGCUGUUAGCCAAGCGCAGGGCCAAGGUCGCAGCUGAGAAAAAGGCGGCCCGCGAAGCUGAGGAGCAGCAGAAGCUGCUUGACAAAGAGCUGGCCAAGGAGCAGGUCGUUCACAAGGCGCUUGCGGCGGCGAAGCCGCUGCUGAAGAAGACGGCGACGCUGAUGGCAGAUGAUCGCUCGAAGAAGGCGCCGAAGACGCACGCGGAAAUGUCGGGCAAGAAGCAGGAGUUCCUGAACGGAAUUGCGAAGCACUGCAAUAGCUGCCUGGGGGGCGAGAGUGUGAUCCCAGAGAUCAAGGAGGACGAGGUUAAGACUGCCGUCAGCUACAUGACGACGUGGAUGAAGACCACGACCGCUGCUUUCGAGAGCUGCGCGUGGGCAAAUUGA